AUGGUCGCCACUAGGACAAAUCCCGUCACGCCGACGCAGAUGGAAGAGUCCAAGGCUGCGUUGAUGGGGGUUUUCGACGACUCUCGUACCACGCAGGUAGCUGCUGAGCCAGUGAAGCCCAUUCUUCAAUGUUCGCGAGAGAUCAAGGAUCCCACGCAUGUCUCGGUAGUCGAAGUUCCUUGCUCCGUGAGAAGCGAUAUUAACGCCAUGGCCCUCGAGCCGCCUAUUUCUACUGGAGAGUUUGCCGACCAUCAUCUGGAUGAAUAUCGCAACUUCUCCUUCACCCUCAUGCAGUUUUCUGUGUUUCUCUGCAUGGACCUGCGACAGCUAGGAAGGCUAUACUAG